AUGUAUUCCGAGCUAACUUCCUCUGCCAAGGAAGAUGAUCCACGGCCAGCAGUUGAUCAGUUCUUGGCUCUCCAUGCAAGUUUGAACAAUGCUGGAGUUAUUGCUGAUUCUUUAUCUAAAGUAAUUCAGGUUGGCUCAUCCCCGGAUCACGAAGAAAGUCCAUUGGAGGAAGCAUUGAAGGUCGCAUCAGAGAGACGAAAAUUUGCUGCAUCUUGGGUCCAAGCCGCCCUGGCAACCAACCUAUCAUCCUUCUCUGUGUUUAGCAAAGAUCCUACGUCAAGUUUGGUUCGUGCUUCUGCUCCUGCACAAGCUCAAAAGUCUCUUCAUGGAAAUCAACCUAUCUUAGUCCUUGAAAAUUCUGUCAAGAAUUCUUCGUCAAAACCAAAAACCCGUCCAGCAGUUGGUUCUAAGCUUGUGGCACAAGGAAUUCUUCGGAAAGCAGGAGGGGAUGGUCCCAUAGCCAGUCAAAAGGCACAGGCUCAGCCUCCACAGGAGUGGGUAAGAGGAAGUGGGCUUGAGGAAGCUGUUGAGUUGUCGGAAAUGUUGCGAAUGGAGUCCCAAGAUUGGUUUUUGGAAUUUGUGGAGAAAUUCUUGGAUGCUGAGGUAGACACCUCAGCAUUAGCGGAUAAUGGUCAGAUAGCUGGGAUGUUGACUCAGCUCAAGAGUGUGAAUGCGUGGCUAGAUGAGAUUGGGUUAAGCAAGGAGGAGGGAGAAACAUCCCGUGUUCCAGUAGAGACGAUUGACAGGUUGAGGAAAAAGAUAUAUGAAUAUCUCCUUACACAUGUUGAAUCUGCUGCUGCUGCACUUGGUGGUGGAUCACAGUCCUCACCACGUCUCCGACCAGUCGAGACCAAAGCAAAAAAGUGA